CUUCCGGGACCCGCCGGCUUCAGCCCGGGUCGCACCGCCGCCAAGCCGCCUUCCGUGGGGCCCUCCCGAGGCCCCGGAGCGGGGACCAUGAAAGUGAGGUCUGCCACCGGCGACGGAGAUGCGUUGUGUGUUACAGAAGAGGAGCUGGCUGGUGACGACGAGGACAUGCCGUCCUUCCCGUGCACACAGGAGGGCCGGCCGGGGCCCCGCUGCAGCCGCUGUCAGAAAAACCUGUCUUUGCACACGUCCGUGCGGAUCCUUUACCUCUUCCUGGCCCUGCUCCUGGUGGCCGUGGCCGUGCUGGCCUCUCUGGUUUUCAGGAAAGUGGACUCCCUCUCAGAAGACAUCUCCCUGGCCCAGGCCAUGUAUGACAAGAAGCUCGUGUCUAUGCAGGAGGAUCUCCAAGGGCUGGGUGAGUGUUCAGUGUCCAGACAUGCCAAUGACUAUGACAGAAGGCCAGUAUUAUUUGGGGAGCUCUACUACCUGAACAAGUCCGUGUCCCUCAUGCUGGCCACCACCGACCUGCUCCGGGAGCGCUUCAGCCUGCUCAGUGCCCGGCUGGACUUCAACGUCCGCAACCUCUCCAUGAUCGUGGAGGAGAUGAAGGCCGUGGACACGCAGCAUGGGGAAAUCCUUCGCAAUGUCACCAUCCUACGAGACAGAGGGGCAGGUCCUGUCGCCCUGCUGCUUCCCAGGCCAGGUCGCCACCCCCGCCAGCCAGCCGAUGAUGGAAUCCCAGCUGGUGCUGCUGGCAGGCCACGUGAGCCGAGCCCACACAGGCCACAUCCUCGCUGGGUGGGGGAGGUGGGCACGGCAGUGGGUGGCAGGGAACGGAAGGUUUUUAUUGGCCCUGCUUGGGGCUGACUCUGCCUGGGCUCUGGUUUCCAGUUUAGAUCGUAAUUAGAGGACAGUGCUCUGCUCCACUUAGAAAUGCUCUGGGAAGGAGAUGAGUGGGGGCGUGAGUGGCGUGGGGAGGCCGAGGAUGGGCAGCAGGUAGCUCGGCCAGCACUGACAGCCAUGGUGUCUGCAUGAGCCAGAGAAGGGGCCCUGAUGUUGCAGAACUGGAUCCUGGCCCCUGGGAGGGCUCCUGGCUCCAGCAGAGAGGACCCUUCUCUCUGAAAGGCCCCGCCGGGCUUCUGGUUUCCGCUCAGAGACCCUGGGGACAUCACUCACCUCUCUGGGCUUGAGUUGCCUCCUCGGUGAAAUAGAGCUGGACUAGCUGCCACUUCACCCAAGACCCCAGGAUUCUCUUGCUUUAACAGCAGGGUCCUCAGGGAAAGCUGAGUACAGGCAUGAACAUCCACCUCCCAGGCCAGGGCUGGGGUUCCCUGCUAACAACCACCCCACCCCACCCCACGAUCCUCCACCAAGACCACUGAAGAAAGCCAGGCCUGCGCUGUGCCUGGCUCCACCCGGGCCAGAGCUGUUCUCCACAACCCCUGUCCUCACUAGGCCACAGCGUCCCCUUUCCUCCACCCCCUGGGCAUCUGAUGUGCUUUGGCCAGAGUGACGGCCACACUCUGGUCUGUGUCCUCUGCGCUGGUACAGCUCUGAGAGGUGGUGACCUGGCAGGAAGGAUAUUAAGGUCAUCUGACCCCUGGCUUGGAUGCUAGGCUGGGCUCUUUAAGGAAGGCCUGUGUCUUUAUCAUGGCAUCUCCCCCAGGCCCUAAGCCAGAGCUGGGCAGGAGCAUGGGGUCCACGGCUGUUUGGUGACUCACUCUCUUCAAGCAGAUACUGAACUUGCCCUGCCGUGUGCCUGGGCUCCGUGUCCAGGGCAGGGGAUGGGAGCCUCCCUGUCUUCCUGAGACUCCACAGUCUCGUGGGGCCACCAGAUAAGUGUCAAGGGUUUGCCUUCACUAUGCUGUGGCUUCUCUUUCUACAUGUCAACUAAAAGAUUCAGGAGGUAGUAGCUCCAGGAACUCAGAGAAGAGGCUGGAGUGGUCAGGGUGGGCUUCCUGGAGGAGCUGCCUUUUCUCUGGUCUGGUGCUGGGCCCACUCACUUGCUCACACUGGGUGGCAUCUGCUUUUCACACCUCACUUUCUUGGCUUUCUCCUCUGUGUCAUUUGACUCCACUCCUGUUGCCUAAAGGUCACAGAUGAGAUCUGCGGGUGGGAAAGGAGUGGGAAGGGGCGAGGGGGCGGUAAGUAUAGCAGCCAAAGACCAUAAUGAGUGUAGGCGGCCCGGCUGGCCUCCGGAGCAGGACAGACAAUCCUGGACAGCCUUGGCCUUUCCCCAGAGCUGUUCGGCGCUGAGCCCCUGACCGGCGGGCGUGUGUGGAACCGCGGCCAAGCCCCGAAGUCAGGACAAUGAGAGCUCCCUGGGCACAGGCCUCAGGCCAAACACCUACCCAUGUAAGCUGGGGCUCGGGACUCUCAGCCUCACUUCACAGGUGGCCAGGCCACUUAGAGGGGUCAGAUCAGCGGCCUGCAGUCAGCAGACUUGGGCCCUGCGGCUUCCGACUCUCGGGUGUCACGGUGCCCAUUGCCGCACACCCACUUCACGGGACAGCCUCGGAAGACCUGCCCUCGGGACUGACCUCUCCCCUCUUCUCUCUGACCCUAGGU